AAAAUAACCAAAAAUGAUAAGAAACAAUUUUAAUGGGCUGAAUUGAGUAAUGGUUUUUAAUAUUUCGUUAAAAAAAAUAGGAAUUAACAAUAAUUAUCCUUGUCCUGUAAAUGCGGUGUAAAGUGUAAGAAAUUAUUUUUAACAAACCAGGCAGUUUGUGUAAACGUAAAUAUAAGUUUUGUGGUGAAAUUUUAUAUAAUAUAUAAUUAAAUUUACUGAAGUGUAUGUAAUUUUUGUUCAAAUAAGUUUAAAAUUGUAACAGUAAUGAAGUGCAAAGCAGCAAUUCAAGCUUUACAAAAAGCAGACGCAUUGAAAGCGAGCAUGUCUCAAAAACAUGAUCUUAUCAAUGAUUCCAAGCCAUGGAAUGAUCAACAACAGCUCAGGACAAUAUAUCAUGAAGUUUUAAUCCUGGACUUAGAAUAUGCACUUGACAAGAAAAUUGAACAAGAAUUGUGGAUGCUUGGUUUUAAAAAUUACAUCAACACUUUACAAGAAAUUAUAAGAGAUGUUAAAAACCCUCAAAGAAGUGAUGCUCAGGCUUUGUUAUCAUGGUGUUUACAAACAGCCUUUGGAUUUUAUUCAUCGCUUUUACAAGAAUUUUGUGCACUUUACGAUCUGGACAUGCCCUUUCACAAACUGCUUAUGAUGUAUGAACAAACAAGACCUAACACAUCUAAGGAUUUCAAUAAAGCAAAGAAUUCGUCAUGUUUAUAUAUGUGCCAGUAUUGUCUUGUACACCUAGGAGAUAUUGCCAGGUACCAAAACCACAGGAAACAAGCAGAAAGUUAUUACAAAUACUCAAUACAAAUUUCACCAACAAGUGGACAACCUUACAAUCAAUUAGCCCUGUUGGAAACAAGUCAUGGAGAUAAAUUGGCAACUGUUUAUUAUUAUAUAAGAAGCAUAGCUGUUAAAAAUCCUUUUCAUGCUGCCACAGCCAAUUUAUUAAAAACAUUAUCAACUGUAGUGGAAAAAGAACAGUCCCUAAGUGAAGUACAGACAAAAAUGAGCGUGAAUGAAUUCAUUCAGAAGUUUUUAAAGGCCCAAGGACUGCUCCUGUUUGCAACUGAUUUGGAACAAGUUGAAAUAAUUGUUAAAAGUAUAAAUGCCACUUUAACAGCACUUAUAGCAACUCAAAGUUUCACAAUGGAGCAAUUACUUCGAAUGGUUGUCAUUAACCUGUACCAAUUAAAAAAUUUACAGAAAUUAGAGAAUGAGAAGAACAGAGAUGUCAAUGAAUUAACUGAAGAUGAAAAAAAGAUCAGAAAUUUUGUUUUGGAAUUAUUAGCUGGUUCAUUAAGUGCAUUUCUUUUGCCUGUAUACACUUUAAAACAUGAUAAGACCCUUUUAGACUAUUAUGCCUUACCUGCACUAACUCUGAUUCUUUAUUGGAUUAAAAUAGAGCCAGAAGUUCUUCAGGAAACUGUUUUUACAAACUGGCCCCAAAUAUGGCCAAGUUUGUGCAAGCUUUUGAACAGUCUGCAGGAAAUUACAGCAGAGUUUGAUUGUAAACCAUAUGAGAAUGUGCUUUUAUAUGAAGAUAGAGAAUUGCAAGGCUUCUUACCAUUCUCCGAGAUAUUUAAAAAAUACAAGUCUAAAGUGGACAAAGAAGAUUAUGUGGAUAAAGAAAAGACCAUUAGAGCCAAAAGGUUGAUAGAAUAUGGCACUUGGUUGACUUCUGUUGAAGUUAACAGCAAAAAACUUAUUAAUAAUAAGAAGGGUAGUGAUGAGGAUAGUAUAGUUUUUGAACCUCAGUGCACUCAACCUGAUCCAACAUCAAAACUGCUUGAAGAAAUGAAGUCGUUUAGUCUCUCAGAAGUCAACAAUGACAAUAAUAAAAGUAAAGAAAAACGCAGUGGUAUUUUAAAGCCACAAGGAUCCCUAGAGAAGGCAAGAGAAGAAAGGGAGCAGCUUUUGCUAGCAUCUGAAACGGGGGCUGUAUCUCACGCGAGCAGUAGCAGUUCUGUGUCCAGCAUAUCUGCUAAUUCUAACUUAAAAGUAGAUUCUUUCAAACAAAAAAGGGUUCGUCAAAACGUCGCACUUCAAAGCAUCUUCAAGAAGAUUGAAGAAAGCAAACAGGUUAAGUUUAGCGUGGAACCAGAGAAGGAAAAGAUAGAAUCCAUACCUAAAAAACAAACUAGUACGGACUCGUCAGUCCCUCCACAAAACGAAAUGUUCUGGACUUCAAUCAAGGGCCUUAACGAAAAACCAGUUGAUUACCCAAAAAGCUCGUAUCAAUACUUCCCCAACACUUCGUUUGAUAUCAAGAUGCCCAUGAGUUCUUUCGUUACAGAUUCUGGAAUGAAGCCUAUGCAAAAUUUUGGAAAUUACUCAGAAACCAUGCACGGAAGUGGUAGCUUCUCUUUACCGCCACAAACAUUGAGUAAUUCGUCGCAGUCUUUACCACCCUUAAACAAUUCGAACUUUAAUUCCAGCAAUUUUCCGAAUAAUUUCGGUUCAAACAAUCCAAACCUGGUCGGUUUUGGAUCUAGCAGUCACAAUUUUAACACCAACAUGCCACCAUCGUAUCGUCAACAGGGCAACUAUCCCCCGAAUAAUCCAAAUAUCCCUUACCAAAACAUCAGCCAUUAUCCCCAAUUUUCGAGCACAUGGAAAACCGAUUCACAACAGGUGCCCCCGUGGUCCAACUGGCCCAAUUCCGGCGGCAAUCAGCCGUCUCAGAACCAGCAAGACAAUUAUCAGUUGAACUAUCAAUAUCAGGGUAAUAUGCCUUAUUCGUUUUCGAACAUAGCCCCAAAUAACAUGCAAAAGAAACAAGAUACUUCGUUUAAUUCCCCAUGGAACCCUAUGCCUCCUUCAAGACCGGUUAAUUACGACGGCAGCAACAUGGGAAACAACCAGAGUUUGUCCUUACGACAAGCCAUGCUCAAAGAGGCCAAAAACGUCGCUGGUAUGCAGAUGCCUCCUCCACCUCCUCCUAAAACUGGCCCCCCGGAGGAGAAGAUGUACACCCCUCCUGGAUAUUCUUUAUUCAACUCAGGAGGAUGGUCUCCAAAUUUAUCUGGACAAUUUCGAAACACAGUUCCCCCUGAUAUGCUCAUGAAUCAGCAUUCAUUGUUCGCAGGACAAGCUCCACAGUCCUUACAACAACUAUUGGAACAACAAAAUAAGUUUAAAAACAACAGUUGAAGGACCGAGGAGAGGAGGAGAAGAGAGAUAAUACAGUUAAUUGCAAGUGUUCUUCGACUUUAAUAAUAAAUAUGUUUUUAUUUCGGUGUUAAUGGCCGAAAAUAUUUUCAUUAUGUUUGUUAAAUUCAUUUUGAUGAUUAAUACCAUCCGCACAAAAUGAAAUAAUAUACAAAAUGUUUGCUUGGAAGGCAUAAGUCACGAAUGCAAAAGCCUGUUGGGUUUUCAUUUUAUUAUCGCUGACUUGGGUUUGAUGAGAAGGCCACUGAUAAUAAUUUAUUGAUGAGAACAUUAUUAGAAAAGGUUUUGGACUUGAAAAUGUUACUGUUUGCUUUUUGUAUUUUUAUAAACAUUCUUUGUUUAAAAAUUUUAUAUUCUACUUUAGAAUCGGUGUAUAAGGUAUUUCUAUAUAUAAUAACUAAAGUGAAUAAAAAAAAUACAAAAACACAUAUAAAAAAACUUAUAGAAAAUAGUCUUUUGAAUAAAUAAAUGUAAAAAUACUUUUAUUGGUAUUGUAUUUUUUUUUGUUGCAGUAAAUUUAAUUUAUGUAACUUUUAAGUAUAUUUUGUCGUUACCAAAGUAUUAUAUAAAGUCCUAAAUAAAAUUAUGAAGGAAAAGGUGUUAAUUGUAGAGAUAAAAGAAUAAAUAAUUGUUAUUUUCGUAACAUUUACUUACGUUAUUAGUCAAAAGGAUUAUUUGUAAUAACCUGUUAGCUAAACGUAAUAUAUGUCAUACCUAUUAUAUAUAUUUUUUUUCGGUUGAUGUCAUUAUUUUUGUUUUGAAAAUAAAAUUUACGUAAAGCAA